GGCGGGGCGAGCCUGAGGGCGACUGGGGAAGAGGAGCCGCGGCCCAGAGGUGGCCCUGCCGUGGGCGGUGGUCGCGCGGGGGCCGUGACCCUCGCAGGUCCAGAGACCCGGGCAGUCUACGGCGGGGCGGGGCCGCCACCCGCGAGUCGAGUCGAGCCACCUGAGCCGGAGCCCCGAGGACGCCGUUGCUCCCCGCUGUCCGGAGCGCCGCGAUGGGCCGGGGGAGCCGCCCGCCCGCCCAGCGGAGAGCGCUGCCGCCCUGGCCGCCGCUGCUGCUUCUGCUGCUGCUGCUGCUGCCGCCGCCGCCGCCGACUCGGGCGCUCGCCCCUCGGAUCAGCCUGCCGCUGGGCUCUGAAAAGCGGCCAUUCCUCAGAUUUGAAGCUGAAAACAUUUCCAACUACACAGCCCUUCUGCUGAGCAGGGAUGGCAGGACUCUGUACGUGGGUGCCCGAGAGGCUCUCUUUGCUCUCAACAGUAGUUCCAGCUUCCUGCCAGGCGGGGAGUACCGGGAGCUGCUGUGGAGCGCAGAUGCAGACAGGAAACAGCAGUGCAGCUUCAAGGGCAAGGACCCACAGCGCGACUGUCAAAACUACGUCAAGAUCCUCCUUCCGCUCAACAGUAGCCACCUGUUCACCUGCGGCACAGCAGCCUUCAGCCCCGUGUGCACCUACAUCAGUGUGGAGAACUUCACUCUGGCACAGGACGAGGCGGGGAACAUCCUCCUGGAAGAUGGCAAGGGCCGAUGUCCCUUUGACCCCAAUUUCAAGUCUACGGCCCUGGUGGUUGACGGUGAGCUGUACACUGGAACAGUCAGCAGCUUCCAAGGCAAUGACCCGGCCAUCUCCCGGAGCCAGAGCCUCCGCCCGACCAAGACCGAGAGCUCCCUCAACUGGCUCCAAGACCCAGCGUUUGUGGCCUCAGCCUACGUUCCCGAGAGCCUGGGCAGUUUGCAAGGGGACGAUGACAAGAUCUACUUCUUCUUCAGCGAGACUGGCCAGGAGUUUGAGUUUUUUGAGAACACCAUCGUGUCCCGCAUCGCCCGCAUCUGCAAGGGUGACGAGGGCGGCGAGCGGGUCCUGCAGCAACGCUGGACGUCCUUCCUCAAGGCCCAGCUCCUCUGCUCGCGGCCCGACGACGGCUUCCCGUUCAACGUGCUGCAGGACGUCUUCACGCUGAGCCCCAGCCCCCAGGACUGGCGGGACACCCUCUUCUAUGGGGUCUUCACAUCCCAGUGGCACAGGGGGACCACGGAGGGCUCCGCCAUCUGUGUCUUCGCCAUGAGAGACGUGCAGAAGGCCUUCAACGGCCUGUACAAGGAGGUGAACCGGGAGACACAGCAGUGGUACACUGUGACCCACCCAGUGCCCGCACCCCGUCCCGGAGCGUGCAUCACCGACAGUGCCCGGGAGAGGAAGAUCAGCUCGUCCCUGCAACUCCCAGACCGUGUGCUGAACUUCCUCAAGGACCACUUCCUGAUGGACGGGCAGGUCCGCAGCCGCCUGCUGCUGCUGCAACCCCGCGCCCGCUACCAGCGCGUGGCCGUGCACCGCGUGGCCGGCCUGCACCGCACCUACGACGUGCUCUUCCUGGGCACCGGCGAUGGCCGGCUGCACAAAGCGGUGGGUGUGGGCCCCAGGGUGCACAUCGUCGAGGAGCUCCAGAUCUUCUCGCCAGGACAGCCCGUGCAGAACCUGCUGCUGGACGCCAGCAGGGGACUGCUCUACGCUGCCUCCCACUCAGGCGUUGUCCAGGUGCCUGUGGCCAACUGCAGCCUGUACCAGAGCUGUGGGGACUGUGUCCUCGCCCGGGACCCCUACUGUGCUUGGAGCGGUUCCAGCUGCAGACACGUCAGCCUCUACCACCCUGAGGCGGCCUCCAGGCCGUGGAUCCAGGACAUUGAGGGGGCAAACGCCAGGGGCCUCUGCAACACAUCCUCAGCCCGGUUUCCGGCUCCUGUACCAACAGGUGAGAAGCCGUGUGAGCGGGUCCAGUUUCAGCCCAACACGGUGAACACGUUGGCCUGCCCCCUCCUCUCCAACCUGGCCACCCGGCUCUGGCUCCACGACGGGGCCCCUGUCAAUGCCUCGGCCUCCUGCCGCGUGUUGCCUACUGGGGACCUGCUGCUGGUGGGCAGCCAGCAGGAACUGGGGGUGUUCCAGUGCUGGUCGCUGGAGGAGGGCUUCUGGCAGCUGGUGGCCAAUUACUGCCCAAAGGUAGUAGAGGACCCGAUCGCGGACCGAGCAGACCGGAGCGGCGGCGUGCCUGUCGUCAUCAGCACGUCGAGGGUGAGCGCGCCGGCCGGUGGCAAGGCCAGCUGGGGUGCGGACAAGUCCUACUGGACCGAGUUCCUGGUGAUGUGCGCGCUCUUCGUGUUCGCUGUGGUGCUCCUGAUUUUAUUCUUCCUCUACCGGCACCGGGGUGGCAUGAAAGUCUUCCUGAAGCAGGGGGAGUGUGCCAGUGUGCACCCCAAGACCCGCCCUACGGCGCUGCCACCUGAGACCCGGCCGCUUAACGGCGUAGGCCCCCCUAGCACCCCUCUCGACCACCGAGGCUACCAGGCCCUGUCAGACAGCCCCCCGGGGUCCCGCGUCUUCACGGAGUCCGAGAAGAGGCCGCUCAGCAUCCAGGACAGCUUUGUGGAGGUGUCCCCGGUGUGCCCCCGGCCCCGGGUCCGCCUGGGCUCUGAGAUCCGGGACUCCGUGGUGUGAGAGCUGACUUCUAGAGGAGUCCACCUUGGCUUCAGAGGCCGUGAGUGCUCAGAGGGGGUCAGCCGGGCCUCUGCUUCUCGCGGAACACAACUGUGGCGCCCGACCCUCAGGAGCGAUGGAGCGGGCCACGUAGCGAGGCCCCCUCCGACCCACAGCCGCGGCCCUGGAGGUCCCAGCUGAAGAUGGGGGCCUGCCUCGAUGGACAGAAGAGCGCUCCCUGUGUAAACUGAGCCCUUUGUUUAAACAACGGAAAAUGUGAAACAGGAGUGAGGAGGAGACAGCCCGGAGCCCCAGGCGCGCACGCAGCCCCUCCCUGCAGCCUCAGCCUCGGAGGCGUGGGAAUUCGCCCAAAGUGGUUGUCUGAGACAGAGCUGGGCACCCCCACCGGCUGCCUCUUCCACCUUCUGCCUUAGCCUGCCGCCACCGGCUGCCCCUGGUCUCUGCCGAGGCAAGGGCCGGCUCGGGCUCCGUGCGUCCUGCCUCGACGGCUGGCCGGCCCAUUACAGCCAUCAUCCCAUCACCUCAGGGACCGGGGGGAAGGGGGGUGCCACACCGCCCCCGCAGCCCUCCCAAGGCCCUGGGCUCCGGCUCACCUGCUGGACCUUUCCAGCCUGUAUCAGGCUGUGGCCACGUGUGAGAGGGGGCAGCGCGAGCCCGGGAGAGAGUUUGUGACGAUGGACGCCUUUCUCUCGGAAGCCUGCCUUCCUCCACCCCAGCCUGCAAACCUGUGUCCCUUUUCCCCACAUCCACCCCAGACUCCCCCCUAAACCUAGUCCUCCCCAGAGUCCAUCCCCUGUACCUUGCCUGCCCCCAUUCUAAGGUAUAUGGACACUGCCCAACACAGGGGCCCUGAGUUUAUGUGGGUUUUAUAUUUUUUUUUAAUGAGAUGCACUUUACUUUUUUUUUUUUCUUUUUUUAAAUAAAAUCUAAAGAAUAGAAACAA